UUUCAAGAACUCUUCUUCUUGCGCUGGGACAAUUCGACAUUUCUCAUGAAGAGGAGUGGCUGUUUCAGCUCCACUGUCUUCCUCUGACUAUGAACCCAGAGCUUCUCCAUCCCCGUGGCUUGGAAGGAUGCAGGCCUGCCGCUCUCCACCACCAGUAAUGAGGCCUGCAAGCUCUUUGACGCCUCCCUGACCCAGUAUGUGACGUGGUCCAACGAAAAGAGUCUCGGCGGCCUGGAAGGAUGCUUUUCAAAAAUGAAGGCCGCGGAUCCAGAGUUUGUGAUGGGGCACGUCAUUGCCAAUGGCCUGGCACUCAUUGGCACGGGGACCUCCGUGGUGCUGGAUCAAGCCCUCCGCCUCUCCAUGGAGACCAUGAUGGAGCUUUCCAGGAGACAGCCACUGACCAAGCGUGAGAAGCUGCACGUGGCUGCCGUGGAGAUGUUUGCUAAGGGGUGCCUUCCGAAAGCUUGCACCUUGUGGGAAGAGAUUCUCCAGGACUACCCCACCGACAUUCUGGCUCUGAAGUUUUCCCACGAUGCCUACUUUUACCUGGGCUAUCAGCCCCAGAUGAGGGACUCUGUCGCUCGGGUUCUUCCGCACUGGACUCCCAGCAUUCCCCUCAGCAGCUACGUGAAAGGUAUUUAUUCUUUCGGAUUGAUGGAAACGAACCUCUAUGAUCAGGCAGAGCAGCUGGCCAGAGAGGCUCUGUCCGUGAAUCCAACAGAUGCCUGGUCAGUCCACACCGUGGCCCACAUCUACGAGAUGAAAGCAGAGAUCAAGGACGGACUGUCCUUCAUGCAGAGCUCGGAAUCCAACUGGAAGGACCGCGACAUGCUCGCCUGUCAUAACUACUGGCACUGGGCCUUGUACCUGAUAGAAAAGGGUGAACACGAGGCGGCCUUGACGAUUUACGACGAGCAUAUUGCGCCCAGCCUUCUGUCAACUGGGUCAGUGCUCGACAUGGUGGACAGCUGCUCCAUGCUGUACAGACUUCAGAUGGAAGGCGUGCACGUGGGGGAUCGCUGGCAAGCCGUGCUCCCGGUGACCAAGCCCCAUUCCAGGGACCACAUCCUGCUCUUCAAUGAUGCUCACUUCCUCAUGUCCUUCCUGGGGGCCAAAGACCAUGGAACCGUCCGAGAGCUCCUGACCACCCUUCAGGAACUGAGCCAACACCCUGGUGAGAACCAUCAGCACCAGCUGGCUCGGCAGGUGGGGCUGCCCCUGUGCCAGGCCCUGGUGGAAGUGGAGAACGGGGACCCAGACAGGGCCGUGGAGCUGCUGCUGCCCAUUCGGUACAAGCUCGUGGGAAUAGGCGGUAGCAACGCCCAGAGGGACGUCUUCAAUCAGGUGCUGGUUCACGCGGCCCUUAAGUGUCAGCAGAAAUCCCACCGGAACCUGGCCAGGAGCCUCCUCCUGGAACGGGAUGCCCUGAAGCCCGGCUCCCCUCUGACCCAGCGCCUCAUCCGGAAGGCAUCGGCCCUGCAUCUCAUGGCCUAGAGCCUUGCCUGGGGUGAGGGGCCAUCUCCUCCCACCCCCCGAGGGAGCCUCCGUCUCAUAACUGUCCGUUGGGAAGCCUGAUGCCCAGCAUCACCUGGACCAGAAGCCAAACACCAGCCCCCAGCCCCAAGAAAAGCAAACCCUGCUCUACACACCCACGAGAAGCUGCGCUGCCCAUCCCCCAGGCCCCCCACACCACCAAGCUUCCAUCUAAGAAGGGACACUCAUGCCUCAGGUGUUUGAGAGCAGGUCAUCCCUCUGUGAAUUAUCAGCCCUGAUAACUAAGCCUCCAGCCCCCGUCUGUUGUCGAGAAGGAAACUGAGGCAGGGAGCAAGGAAGGGCCUCACUCGUGCUCCCAGUUGGCUAGUGUAGGACCCAGGCUGAGGCCCUCACCUUUCCUCUCCUGACCCAGCGCCACGCUGGCCCCCUCUGCCCCCCAUGUGUUGCUCUGGGCACCUCCUGUUCCCCUGGCUUGGUGUCAAGGGACUGGAAAUGUCGUUUUAUAACAACACUCAAUCAGACGUGGCAAAGGAGUCACGUGUGCUGCUCCCCCUGACCCCGGCUCUCACGACCUGCCCAGGAGGUGGUCAUCUGGGCCGCAGGAGGGUCUGCAGCAGCCUGGGAGACCUAGCCCCCAAGCCUUCAAGGUGGGGCCGUAAGGGUGGCGGCCAGAGUCACCGACGAGAAGACGGGGCGCAGGGCCCUCCUCGCCUGGCCCCAAGGCAGUCAGGCUUCUCCUCCAUCACAAGGGCGGCCCGGCCAGUGCAGGGACCGUCUCACCUCUCUGGCUGAGGCUUUUUCUUUAAUCGGCAACUUUUCCAGGAAAAAAAUAGUGAGCUUAACCUUGGGCAUGUCCCUCCCUUCUCUGAGCCUCAGUUUCCUUCUCAGCGCCCUCCUGCCACCACCUCCUUGCGGGGUUAGCUCGGCGCUUUGUCGGCCCCCCACGGAAGCCAGAAGAGCACAUGACUUCCAGCCGACCUCGUGGGUGCUUGCGUCUGAACAGUCAGGUUAGCUCUCAAGGUCUACGAUUUCAGCCCUCUGGGGGCCAUGUGGGCACAGGCCAUGACACUGGGAGAAAAUCCCUGUGGGCAUCUCUUCUCUGAGCCUCAGUUUACCCAUCUGUAAAAUGGGGCUGUUCAGACUGCACCAGCUUCUCAGAGCUCAGUGAGCAGAGCACCCCUCUUACUCCAGCGGCGGCCCUGCGUGCAGAACCACGUUCAGAGGGGGCAAGGCCACCAGCUUCACCCGUGGGGCCGUGGCCUCUCCCAUAGAAAGCCUGCCACGACCCGCAGGGACCGACCAUGCGCACGGUUGGCGACCAUUAUCUGGUCAUCAUUGCCAACCCACGGUGGUCCCUUUUUCCCUUGGAAACUGCAUGAGAUCCCCUGGCUUCUCACACAUGAUUUCAGGGUAAAUUUAACCAAGCCAUGACUUUUCCUCAUUGGUGGGAGGGUGGGUGAAGGUCAUGGGGUGGCCGCUGGGCCAUGGCCCUGUGGCUCCCAAACCCCAACCCUUAGGUGUGCGGGUGUCAAUCAGUAAAAAUCCAUUCAAUAACUGGAAA